UUGUUUCAAGCUAAUCCUCAACCUGAACAGUGGUUUGCAAUUAGAGAAAACAUUUUGGAACAAAAAUAAACAGGCUUUACUCCCAAACAGUGCACAUGAAGCGAACUUCGCCGAAGUGGCCCCACUGGACAAAUGGAUGGAUGAAUAGAUACAUGAUCAUAGACCUUCAGCGCUUUUCGGUUCUUCGACUGAACCUAAAGCCGCUUAAACCCUAAAGUUCCCGAGGCAGCGGACACUGAACCCAGGAGGUUGAUGGCGGGAUUGUUUGCGAAUGCUGGUGUGCGGUGCUGUGUGGGAGGUCGAUUGCGGUGCUUGUUGCGUGAAUUCCCGGAAUAAUUUUGGAGAACGAGAUGGCGAGCGUAGGCAGGGCCUUGGGCAGGUCCUUUCUGUCCACCACUAGGUCUGCACUGCGAGCUUGCAAGGCGAGUGGCAGCGAAGCGGUUGGAGGCACUGUGAAGGGCAAAAGCCCCUGCGCUCCCUCGUUGCCAGGGGAGGUGGCAGCCAUUCAAUCGUUGCUUCCAUUUCACAGCGCCACUGCGUCAUCUCGCUUGGUUGCGCAACUGAGCUCCACGGCUGGUGCUCUCUUUCAGGGAGGAGUGUGGCUUAUUGACGAUAAUUGAGGGGCAUGACGACUACUUGACAUUCAGGAGGGCUGUGGAUAAUUGACGAUAGUUGAGUAUCUUACGACAGCUUUGAACAUUCGAGAACAGUCUGAGAGGGACUGAAGGAGAUUGUUGACGUGCAGCUCAUUUGGGAUCUCUGAAACCAAGGUGAAGGAUUUGCUGAGAGUCUUGACGUCUGCGAGUGUAUCGCAUCCCCCUUACAGGUGCUACAUACCGUUUGGUUGAAGAUGCGUAUAUUGGAAUUUAUGUUUGUUAGGUGGACACUUAUUUCAGAAGCUUUGCAGAGUAGUUACCUUUUACCAGGCUUUAGGGUAAGAGUUAUCAUAACCUUAUUGUCACUUGACCUCCAUCAUUUAUAUUUUAAUUUCGGAAAUCUGUCCAGAAGAUACAAUUUUUAGCUCCAUCUGAAGCAAAUGUUUGGGGAUUGAGCAGCAGUUUGGAUGGAGGUUCAUGUCUGAAGGUCCUUUACCAUUUAAGUUCAGCUCAUUGCUCUACUGUUCAGUAA